ACAGGAAUGCGGAGGGGAGAAAUCGAGAGCCCUGAGGAAAAGGGCCGGCAGCUGCUGCCAGCAGGUGCUAGGACCCCCAGGCCUUUCUGCCAACAGGGCUGCAUGGCAGGGUCACAGGGGGCUGGCCUGCCUGCAUCCCCCUCUCUGGCCCCCAGCUCAGCUGUAAAAUCCCAAAGGGAUACUGUAGGCCCUUAAUAAAUAUUUGCCCAACACUUGAAUGAGUAAAGGCAAGGGCGGUGGCCUAUUUAAAGUCCAUCCUCACCCUCCCCACUCACCACACCUCUUUAGUUUCUGCUAGAUAAAACUCUGUGCUCCUGGUAACUGUCACCUGCAGAGGAGCCUGGCUGCUGUGGCCUCAUCAGCCUGCAGGAGCAGCUGGAACCAUGCCCAGGUACACGGUGCACGUGCGCGGGGAAUGGCUGGCUGUGCCCUGCGGGGACGCGCAGCUCACGGUGGGCUGGCUGGGCCGCGAGGCCGUGCGAAGGUACAUAAAGAACAAGCCAGACAAUGGUGGCUUCGCCUCCGUGGACGACGUGCGCUUUCUUGUGCGCCGCUGCAAGGGCCUGGGCCUGCUGGACAAUGAGGACCCACUCGACGUGGCGCUGGAGGACAAUGAUUUCGUGGAAGUGGUCAUCGAAGGGGAUGCCAUGUCUCCCGACUUCAUUCCAUCGCAACCGGAAGGAGUUUACCUCUACAGCAAAUACCGAGAGCCUGAAAAGUACAUUGCCCUGGAUGGGGACAGCCUGACCACGGAGGAUCUGGUCAACCUGGGCAAGGGACGCUACAAAAUAAAGCUCACCCCAACUGCUGAAAAGAAGGUGCAGAAAUCCAGGGAAGUCAUCGACAGCAUCAUAAAAGAAAGAACUGUUGUUUACGGCAUUACUACAGGCUUUGGGAAGUUUGCCAGAACUGUCAUUCCUAUCAAUAAGCUAGAGGAGCUCCAGUUCAACCUAGUACGUUCCCAUUCUUCAGGUGUUGGAAAACCACUAAGCCCUGAGAGAUGUCGGAUGCUCUUGGCAUUGAGGAUCAAUGUCUUAGCCAAAGGAUACAGUGGUAUUUCCCUGGAGACACUCAAACAAGUUAUCGAAGCAUUUAACGCCUCCUGCCUGUCCUACGUUCCCGAGAAAGGAACCGUCGGUGCCAGCGGAGACCUGGCUCCACUCUCUCAUCUUGCUCUUGGGCUGAUUGGAGAAGGGAAGAUGUGGUCUCCAAAGAGCGGCUGGGCUGACGCUAAAUACGUCCUGGAAGCCCAUGGACUGAAACCAAUUGUUCUGAAACCAAAAGAGGGUCUGGCGCUCAUCAACGGGACACAGAUGAUCACCUCCUUGGGCUGCGAAGCUGUGGAGAGAGCCAGUGCUAUUGCGCGGCAGGCUGACAUAGUGGCGGCCUUGACCCUUGAGGUGCUGAAGGGAACCACCAAAGCCUUCGAUACUGACAUCCAUGCUGUUCGCCCUCACCCUGGGCAAAUUGAAGUUGCUUUUCGGUUUCGGUCACUCUUGGACUCGGAUCACCAUCCAUCAGAAAUAGCAGAAAGCCACAGGUUCUGUGACCGUGUGCAGGAUGCGUACACCUUGCGCUGCUGUCCACAGGUGCACGGUGUGGCGAAUGACACCAUAGCGUUUGUGAAGAACGUGAUCACCACAGAACUAAACAGCGCAACAGAUAACCCUAUGGUCUUUGCCAGCCGGGGAGAGACUAUUUCUGGAGGAAACUUCCACGGUGAAUACCCAGCCAAAGCCCUGGACUACUUGGCCAUUGGUGUCCACGAACUUGCCGCGAUCAGCGAAAGAAGAAUUGAAAGGCUCUGUAACCCCUCCCUCAGCGAGCUGCCCGCCUUCCUGGUGGCUGAAGGCGGUCUGAACUCUGGAUUCAUGAUAGCCCACUGCACAGCCGCAGCCCUCGUUUCCGAGAACAAGGCGCUGUGCCACCCCUCGUCCGUGGACUCCCUCUCCACCAGCGCUGCCACGGAGGACCACGUCUCCAUGGGAGGAUGGGCAGCCAGGAAGGCCCUCAGGGUCAUCGAGCACGUGGAGCAAGUGCUGGCCAUCGAGCUCCUGGCAGCCUGCCAGGGCAUCGAGUUCCUGCGCCCCCUGAAGACCACCACUCCCCUGGAGAAGGUCUACGACCUGGUGCGCUCUGUUGUAAGGCCCUGGAUAAAAGAUCGAUUCAUGGCUCCGGACAUCGAGGCAGUGCACAGGCUGCUUGUAGAGCAAAAGGUUUGGGAAGUAGCUUCACCAUAUAUCGAAAAAUACAGAAUGGAGCAUAUCCCUGAAUCAAGACCUGUUUCUCCAACGGCCUUUUCACUGGAAUCUCUACACAGGAAAUCCAGCAUCAUCCCAGAGUCUGGGGAUCUUUAAAGGGCUUUGUCAUGGAAUUGUAGAUCAGAUGCUACUUAGUUUAACAGCAAGCUGUGUCAUGCAGAAGCAGAGACCUGAGAACUUUUUUUCGGUAGAUCAAUUCAUUAUACAAUUCAGUUCUUCUAACACCUACCUUGGUUAGACUCGAGGCAGCAUUACAGUUGUUAAAUCUAGUGCUAUGUUCUUAUCGAUCUGGUCCAAGGUCUAGCCAGCAGGUGUUUUCAGAGGGUAGGAGUUUUCUUUCUUUAAUGCUAUCCAAAGGCCACUAACUCUUAAGGGUGAGAAGAGCAGCCACACUGCAUGGGUCUUUUACUCUUAACAGUAGAUCAACUCAAAUCCUGAAACAGACUGACGGCAUUCUUUCCCCCCCAGAAUUAGACUUUGGUAAAAUUUUUUUUUUUUUGCUUUGGCAAGCUCUCCACUAGUUAACUUUGGCUCAGUGUACUAUGAUAUUGCACUAUAAAAAAUGUUCCUCAAUAUGCCUUCACAAAUAACCCUUUUAAAAACCAUAAUUUGUCUUUAAGUUUCUCUUUCUUCUAUUAAAUUGAAUCAUAGUAAAGAAUAGUCAAUAGGUCAACAGGAGGUUUGUGUAAAGAAAUUAAUGAAUGAUUGCUAUUGGAGUGGCGCUUAUUGAACUGUGUGUUUCAUAUUUAUCAGUUAUCACUACACAUAUCCAAACAAGGACUCAGAUGCUUAAACUGGAGUUGGAGGUUAGUAUUAUCACUACCUUACUAUGUGUUAGUUCAUGAUUCACAUUGUUUCUUUUUUAUUGGAUUAUUGGGGUGACAUUGGUUAAUAAAGUUACACAGAUUUCUGGUA